AUGGAGAACGUCCUGGAUGACAUCUCGCACCGUCGAUACAACCCCCUUCGGGGCUCACACAUUCUUGUGUCUCCUCACCGAACCAAGCGUCCAUGGCAAGGUCAACAAGAGAGUCCCUCAAAGACCACUUUACCCUCCUAUGACCCGGCUUGCUACUUGUGUCCUGGAAAUCAGCGAGCCCAGGGUGACGUCAACCCAAAAUAUGACAGUACCUUCGUCUUCGUGAACGACUACAGCGCCGUUAAAGAGGAACAGGCGGAAUACGAUGGUGGAAGCACCGAUGAUCUUGAAUCCCGCUUUCUCAAGGCUGAGCCCGUUACGGGCAAGUGCUACGUCCUCACCUUCUCCUCCGCGCAUAACCUGACCCUAGCCGAUCUGUCGCCGAUUGAAAUUGUUCCCGUCAUCAAUGCCUGGACCGAGAUCUAUACUGCCCACUUGUCGCCUAAGUCGCCGCUUGCUGAGCAGGCUCCCGCCACUCAUCUCCAGCCCAAUGCACACAAUGCUAGCAUCACCAAACCUAAGGAGCAAUAUCGCUAUAUGCAAAUCUUUGAGAACAAGGGUGCUGCUAUGGGAUGCUCAAAUCCUCACCCUCAUGGUCAAGUCUGGACCACCAGCACGCUGCCCGAGGAGCCGGCUGCUGAGCUGGAGCAGCUGCGCCGCUACCGCCAAGAACACGGUGGUAGCCACAUGCUGGAGGACUAUGCAGCUCUGGAGAGUCACAAGCAGGAGCGUGUUGUUUUUGAAAACGAAGCCUUCGUUGUUGUCUGCCCCUGGUGGGCGACCUGGCCUUUCGAGACCAUGAUUAUCAGCCGCACCCACAAGCGUGCAUUGGUCGACCUUUCCGAGUCCGAUAAGACCCUCUUGGCCGAGGCUAUUGCUGAGAUCACUCGCCGCUACGACAACCUCUUCGAGACUCACUUUCCCUACAGCAUGGGUAUUCACCAGGCCCCGCUUGAUGGAACUGCUGAGGAGGUCGAUGCUUCUUAUCUGCACUUGCACUUCUACCCGCCCCUUCUGCGCAGUGCGACUGUCCGUAAGUUCCUUGUCGGUUAUGAGCUGAUGGCCGAGCCUCAGCGAGAUAUUACACCUGAACAGGCUGCCGCUCGCCUACGUGGAUGUGGCGGUGAGUUGUAUCGGAAGAAGCUCGAGUAA